UCCCCCGCGACGGUCCAGAGUCCAGAGUCCCAGACCCCAGCGCCGCUCGCGUUCGGGUGCCGCCGCCUCCCCGCCGUAUCCGUCCACCCUCCCCCCAUCCCCGCCGCCUCCGCCCCGUACCCCCCCUUGCGCCAUACCGUAGGACGCGGCUGCUUCGGCCGGGUGAACUUCCGGGGGUGCCGCGGCCGGUGCGGGAGGGGGGGGCGGCGUCGUCGAGCCAGCUAGGGUUCCUCCCCCAUGGACGGCGGCGAGGGCCGGACGUUCAACGCGAACUUCACCGGCAAGGGGGUGACCCUGCUGCAGGACCGCGUCAAGGAGAAGCUCAGGGAGCUCAUGGGCGACUACUCCGACGACACACUCGCGGAGUAUGUCGUAGUAUUGCUAAGGAAUGGGAGGUGCAAGGAUGAGGCGGCAAAGGAGCUGCAGGUUUUUUUGGGCGACGACAAUGAUGCAUUUGUAUCCUGGUUAUGGGAUCACCUCUCCUCAAAUUUGCACCUUUAUGUUCAACCUAAAGCCACCACUUCUAAUGAUGAACCUAAAAGCACUCACAGUGCUGGUAGAGGAUUGCCUGUUCGCAGUUUGACUAGCAGCGUGCAAGUUAAUUGUGAACCUGAAGCUGAAGCCCAGAAAACAACUAUAGCUCAUCAGAAAAGAGAUUGGGGAAGAAUUAUUCGAGAACAGUCAGAAGCAGUUCCUCUUCGAAGUGUUGUAGCCAAUGUUUCUCAUGCAGAGGAAAAGGAUUUUCAUGAAUCACAUGCAGAGGAAAGGGAUUCUCAUAAAUCACAUGCUGGAAGACGAACCCGCUCUCCUGACAUGCAUAACCACAGAAAGAGGAGCAGAGAGGCAGAUUCACGAUCUACCAAGAGGGUAUCCAACCCAGUUAUUGACGCACCACGCCGACUUCUCCAGUUUGCUGUCCGCGAUGCUGUCAGAACUGUGCAGCCAGUGACUCCUAGAUCAGAAUCAGCUUCCAAGCGACUUCGUUCUGUGGUGUCUACAUUGGCGUCAGAUUCGGCACUUGAUAUUACUCAUAUUAGGUUGCAGAAAACAAAUUCAGAUGUGAGAAUACCAGCAUUAAGAGCUGCAGCUGAGGCGGCUGAAGAUGCUAUCAAAGGUAGCUUUUCGGGGAGUGUUUUUAAUAGAUUGGGAAGGAUGCCCACAAUAAAUCAUACUGAUGCUCUUAGAGAACAAGACCCAGAAGGUGAAGAAUAUGAGAAUAUAGAUAACAUACGAGCAGAAAAUCAAGUUGAAUUUUAUGAAAGAAAUCAGUAUGGUGGCAGUGAUGCUUACAUGCAUGACCAGGAAUCAGAGGAAGCUACAGGUUCUGCUCCCAAUAUUGAUGAGUAUGAAAGGUAUAAUGGAUUGGGUUCUCGCCAAAGUAGAUUGUCUUCUAGUGCAGGCAAAGAGUCAUUAGUAUUAGGGUAUGUAAGGGGAGCUGUUGAAGUAAGAGGCAGAAGAUUGAUAGCUCAGGGCACACAUGCUGGUUCAGGACCAAGUCCAUCCGGAAAGAACUUAAAUAUGUCUGCUAACACUAGUAUGCGGAAACUUCCAACUCAUCAAACUAGGGAUGCUGUUGUAUCUGACCCUCAAGUGCCAAUGGAGAAGAAGGUUGCUGAUGCAAGGAACUCAAAUGUGAAAAUUACGCAUGUUAAUGAUACGGUCAUGACUGAUAAGUCCAAAGAUUUUAUACAUUCAGGUUCUAUGCUGGAGGCGCAAAAGGCUUCGUCACUUGCUGCUGGAUCAAAUACUACAGGUCAACCUGAAGGUGGCCCUGAUUCUAGAACUGUCUUUGUUAACAAUGUACAUUUUGGUGCAUCAAAAGAUGCUCUUACUCGUCACUUCAAUAAGUUUGGGGCUGUCCUAAAGACCCUUCUUGUGUCUGAUGGCAUCACUGGCCAGCCAACAGGCUCAGCGUAUAUUGAGUUCUUGCAUAAAGAAUCGGCAGAGCAGGCAUUAACCCUGAACGGCACAUCUUUUAUGUCACGCAUUUUGAAGGUCGUUCGAAAAAGCUCCACUGAAGCAACCCAGCUGUCUGGCUUGCCCCGCGCUUCUCGGGGGUCACCCUUCGCUUCAAGGCUCAUUAGAACUGCAUACCCAAGGCCGACCUUUCCUGGUGCUAUCCGCGGGCGACUGCCACUCAGAGGUGGUGCCCGGAGUUUCCAGUGGAAGCGUGGCGCUGCUGAUUCCACCGAUGCCGGAAAACCUAGUCAAACUGCACCUGCAGCUCCUGGGAAUCAGUUGGUCACCCCAAUCACAAGAAGCUUCACCUACACACGCACUGAGCCGAAAUCAAAUGAUGGUGCGAUGGCAUGACUGGCCAGGCGCAGCAUGCCACUGAUCCUGAUGAAAUCUCGCAGAAAGAGCUCGUGAUUGAUGGCUGUUUCGUGCUUCAUUCGGCCACUUUUGGUACAUAUUUAAAUAGCUGCAGAUCUUAGUUUGUAGGAGGCUGUUUUUUUGUGGACGUCAAACUUUGAGCCAUACUCUGUGAGAGGCUUUUGUGCCUUUUUCCCAUCGGCACACAUGCUGUGCUGGCUGGCUGUGUGGAGUUUCUGGAGAGUAGAAUAUAUAUAAAAAAUAGUCGAGGAAGAGAUGAAAGCGAUGGGAACGCUGGAACUUUUAUUAUUAUUGAUAGAUUAUUCGGCCUCCACGGUAUCCGUAUCGAAUGGUGAUCAUGUCCAAACCUGUAGUUUCAGUAACGAGAUUCAUCUUAUUUCUACUGGAGGGUAUAUUUUCCUUUCACUCUCUUGGGCCAGUUUUGUAAAUAUACAAAACAUAAUAGUACCGCACUACUACCUCUGAGAUCUGGCUGCCAUUAAUUGUACAGGCCUGUACGUGUUUCUA